AUGACUCCGCCGAUUCAUGAGAGUGAAGGAUCAGUGUCUGGAUCACUGCCUCCCACUCGCGGCAAUGUGAUGCGCCGCCGGACUACACAGCUUCAGUCUGAAUACACCCCGAGCCUGGGGACUGAUUCUCACCAGGCCCCUUCCAGGAUUCCUCCACAGCUCCAGCGAACAACGACCAGCUCCACUGUUGGGACAGCCCUUGACUCGGGAAUCCCUGGCGAUCUUACCAUUGGAAGUUCGCAACCUGUCAUUGGAACCCAGGCCUCUGAGUGCCCCAUCGCAGUUUCCGGUGGAAGCCAGCCACACCUCUGCCAAUACAGACCCCGUCUACAGCUAUUCUCGAAGACAACCAGGCUGAUUCAAUAUUUGGGCAAACGGAAGAGAAAGAAUCGGCAGCGAGUUGCGGCGCCAAACACCGAAUACCCCUAG